AACAUCUUCAUAGGUACAACUAAAAGGGCUCGGGUUUGGAUUCCUUCCAGUGCUCAUUUAAUUGCUAGCGGAUGGUACACUUCUGUGCAGUUGUUCAUUUUUCUAUUUUCCCUUCAUGAUUGUGGAUCAAUUACACUUUUUCGAAUUCAUUGACACCUACCUACAAUUAAUUAAGAGAGCAGGAUUAAUUUUAAAAUUGUUUGCGGAUAACUCUUAACAACAGCAGCAAGCAACUGGCAGUGAUCACCUAAUUCAAGAUGUUUCUUUUUUGGACAUUCGCUAUUAUUACAACAUUGCAUGGAGCAUCAGGAAGUUACAAUUCUCCAAAAAUACCACGAGCAAGAACAUGUCAAGAAAUGUUCAACGGUACUUUAGAGGAUCGAGACGGUUUCUAUUGGAUAAAUCCCAGCCAGGGUGAUGUAGACAAGUCCAUCUUCGUUUAUUGUAUACUCAAAACACGCGAAACAUGUAUAUAUUCGGAAUCAACUCCUUCGGAAAUUUUUGAUAUUUCUGCGGUCAAAUCAGAAGCUUGGUUAGCAAAAAAUAAUCCCAAUUACCAGAUAGCUUACCAAGUAAAUGAUACUAAUCAGAUGAGAAUAUUGCAAGAAAUGUCCAAAUCAGCAACACAAACUAUUACUUACCAUUGUAAGAAUUCCAUUGCAUAUUACGACAGUAUCAACAAAAAUUUCGAUAAAAGUGUAAAAUUACUGGGAUGGAAUAAUGAAGAAAUCAUUCCACAAAACCUCACAUAUUUACAGUUUAUGUCCGGUUUCGAUGAUUGUCAGCAUAAAAACAAUUCGUGGUCAUAUACGGACAUCACAUACUCAACUGACGUACCUUCCCAACUUCCCAUCACUGAUAUAGCAGUUCGAGAUGUUGGAAGACCUGGACAACUCAUUUAUGUGGAUAUUGGACCUGUUUGCUUUCUUUAAUUUUCGAAAUCAAGCGUUAGUCCAUGACGAGGAUUUCCAAACGAUAGGUUGUUAUUUUUAUACCUAUUCAAUUUCAAACUGUUAUUCUGAGGAGAACCACAAACUGAUGUAAGAUGAUUAAAAAUGGAUGUGAAUUCAUGAAACUGGCUUAUUUACACGACCAACUCUCAAUACAUAUAUACUGAAAAAUGGCUGAAAUGAAAGAUAUGAUCAUUUUUUCAUGGAGAAUUUUGAACUAACGGGAAAAUGAGCUGUGAUGAUCAGAUGUACUUUGCUGAAAAAUGAAGAAUUGAUGCGUCUUAUUGAUAAAAUUAAUUAGUGGGGUACCUACAUACUAAAUUAUGCAUCUCCAUUCAAAGAUAGAAAAAAAUUUCGAGAGAUAAAAAAUUCUAUUCUGGUUCUCGUUCUGUUUGCGAAAUUAUUUGCAUUUGAAAAAUUUUACCAUAACUACAUUUUCAGGAUUUGUUGACAACUGGCUGAAAAAAUAUUCGUUUGAACUGCUUCGAAAUGUAACAAAUUUAUGAAAUAAAAA